AUGGUCAAGAAAACAAUAAUUGUGGCACUGGCAGUGCUGCUGGUGGCCUGUGUUGCCACUUUUGUGGGCGUCUUCUUUGGUGUGGGGAGAAGGCAGUCCUCCAAUGAGGGAGUAUACUCGAGGGCAGCUGUGGCCGCAGAUGCUGGGCCUUGCUCUGAGAUUGGCAGAGACAUAUUGAAGAAAGGAGGGUCUGCAGUAGAUGCCUCCAUAGCUGCUUUGCUGUGUGUUGGGCUGAUGAAUGCUCACAGUAUGGGCAUUGGAGGGGGGCUUUUCUUCAACAUCUAUGAUGCAAAAACCGGGAAAGUUGAGUCCAUUAAUGCCAGGGAGAUGGCUCCACGCAAUGCAACAGAGAACAUGUUUGGCAACAACACAGAUUUAUCCCGGAGAGGAGGGUUGUCGAUUGCUGUACCAGGGGAGAUUCGAGGCUACCAAAUGGCACACGACCGACAUGGCAAACUGCCUUGGAAAGACUUGUUCCAGCCAAGCAUUGAUCUCGCGGAAAAAGGUUUCCCUUUGGGCAGGGCACUUGCCACUGCUCUGUCCAGAAACAGGAGAACCAUCGAGGGGGACACAGCCCUGUGUGAGGUGUUUUGUGGGAAAACUGGUCAAAUCCUAAAGGAAAAUGAAACCAUUACAUUUCCUAAGCUUGCAGUGUCCUAUAGGACAAUAGCUGAAGAGGGUCCUGAUGCUUUCUACAAAGGACAACUAGCUCAGAAUCUUGUGACAGAUAUUCAAGCAGCAGGCGGUAUCAUCACAAUGGAGGAUCUGAAGGAUUAUAUGCCUGUCUUGGAUGAGAACCCUUUAAGGGUGGAUGUGGGGGAGUACACCAUGGCUGUUCUCAAUGCCCCCGCUAGCGGCCCUGUGCUCUCACUGAUAUUAAACAUCUUGAAUGGGUACCACUUCACCUCGGAUAGUGUGGCAAGCACUGACAAAAAGAUCCUAACCUACCAUCGCAUUGUGGAGGCUUUUCGCUUUGCUUAUGCAAAAAGGACCCUGCUUGGAGAUCCAGCAUACCUCAACAUUACAGAUUUAAUUCAGAAUAUGACUUCAAUGACAUAUGCCGAAGACCUCCAUGCAAAGAUUACAGAUGACACCACGCAUCACAUGAACUACUACGAGCCAGAGUUUUACCUGCCUGAUAACCAUGGGACUGCACACCUCUCUGUGGUAGCAGAGGAUGGAAGCGCUGUGGCAGCCACCAGCACCAUUAACCACUUUUUUGGCUCCAAAGUCAUGUCAAGAUCAACAGGGAUCCUCCUCAACAAUGAGAUGGAUGACUUCAGCUCCCCAUUCAUCACAAAUGGCUUUGGAGUGCCUCCUUCACCCAACAACUUCAUCAGGCCUGGGAAACGGCCAAUGUCUUCGAUGAGUCCAGCCCUCCUCUUUGACAAAAGCAACAACAUUAAGAUGGUGGUCGGAGGUUCAGGGGGAACAAAAAUCACUACCUCCAUAGCUCAGGUGAUUCUGAACGAACUGUUCUUCGGCUAUGAUUUGAAGAAAGCUGUAUCAGAGCCAAGGCUCCACAAUCAGCUGGUUCCUAACGCCACUGUGGCAGAACCUGACUUUGACAAAAACGUCCUGGAUGGUUUAGCAUUGAAGAACCACGAGAUAACGGAGCUCACAUCAACAGGAGCUGUGAUACAAGCGGUCGUUCGUCACGAUGACGGACUCCAUGCUCAGUCAGAUCCUCGCAAGUGGGCGUACGCUGCAGGGUACUGAGGUCAUACACACACCUCUCAUUAUGUAGAGAGGCUGUAGCAGUGCGAACCUUGAUACCAGUGGUACAAGUUGGGAGAUUAGGGACUUAAUAAAAGACUGUCAGCUGUCUUGUGCACCAAUUAUUCUCUCAUUAUGUUCAAACAAUGUUCAUGUAACUGAGAUAACAGAACACUGAUCUAUUGCUCUUUAUGACCUUGAAAACAAAGUGCCAAAUUCUGAAAUUAAUUCUGAAUAUAG